CCUUGUCUUCUUCCUCGUCGGUUCUGUCGAAAUCUCCAACGGAGAUUCGUUUCUUUCUUCGUCGACGUUGUUCUCCAGACUCGUCCAUGAAGUUUUUGCAGGUGAAGCUUUUGUGACAAUAAGGACCUGUUGAUCAAGUCUACUAACGUUGCUUUGUGGUGUGGCACGGUCACGAAAUGGCGUCUGAGAAGAAAAGCUCGAGACUAGUGUUUGUGACGGUAGGAACAACGAGUUUCGACGCUCUCGUGAAAGCAGUGGUGAGUCAAAACGUUAAAGACGAGUUGCACAAAAGAGGAUACACUCAUCUUCUCAUCCAAAUGGGUCGUGGAACCUAUUCUCCAACCAAGUGUGAAGGAGGGGAUGGAUCACUCUCCGUUGAUUACUUCACAUUCUCCUCAAGUAUCGCGGAUUAUAUUCGUUCUGCAUCUCUUGUUAUUAGUCACGCUGGGUCUGGAAGUAUAUUUGAGACGUUGAAGCUAGGGAAACCGUUGAUUGUUGUAGUAAAUGAAGAUCUGAUGGACAAUCAUCAGUGUGAAUUGGCUCAAGAACUUGAGGAGAGGAAGCAUUUGUAUUGUGCUCGUCGUCCUCUCACGCUUCAUCAGGUUUUGAACAAGAUGGAGUUGGAGUCUUUGGUUAGGUUUACUCCAGGGGAUGGAACACCUGUUGCUCAAAUCAUUGACAGGUUUCUUGGUUUCCCUCAUGAUUAAACUGAAUACAUAAACAAAAAAAACAUUUUCAUCUGAAUGUGCACUAAUCUGGUGUAUGUUCUGAAAUAGUAAAACCUUUUUUCUAAUGUUUUGAGAGAAUUAUUUCAUAUUCUAAAAUCCUCUCACCUUUUACCUAAUUUUUGCAACUGAUUGAAGUUUGCACAAAUAUUUGCAGACUACACUAAUGUAAUUAAACUCUAUUAGGUGAUGUCACAAAAUUAGGUUGAACCACUGGAAAUGAAGC